CCUACGGUUGCGCUAAGAGCUAUUCAAAGACAUCUCUUUCAUUCACUGGACGCUGAAUUGCGAAACCAAGGCAGGAAGGAGCCUCAAGUUAAAAGGAUGGGGCUCUUUAAGGUGUUAGCGAAUGCUCUGGGUAUCAAGAAGACGCAGGUCCGUAUCCUCGUUGUAGGGCUGGAUAACAGUGGCAAGACGACACUUGUGAAUCAUCUGAAGCCUAAGAAGAGUCAAUCUCGUGAGGUCGUCCCCACCAUCGGCUUCCAGGUUGAGGAAUUUACAAAGUCCAAUCUCAACUUCACUGUUUUCGACAUGUCCGGUCAAAGUCGCUAUCGAAGUUUGUGGGAGAAUUACUACAGCGACGUGCAGGCUAUUAUCUACGUGCUAGACUCCACUGACACCAUCCGCAUGUGUGUGGCCAAAGACGAGCUAGAGCAGCUCGUGGAACACAAGGAACUGUCGUCCAAAAAAGUCCCAAUUCUCUUUUUCGCCAACAAGAUGGAUCUGCCUAAUUCACUCACGCCCGUCGAGUGUAUGCAACACCUAGAACUCGACAGUCUUGGAAGCAAGUCCUGGCACAUUACUGCAAGCAACGCGGUUACAGGCCGUGGAGUCGAAGAAGGCAUCGAGUGGCUUGCCGAUCAGUUUGCUAAGGGUAAAUCCCGGAAGUGAGCCAGCUCCAAUGCACAGCAAACCAACCACAAACGCUUCUACAUGACAGUAGCUAGAGCUUUGAUAACCAAUA